AGUGGAUGAAACGCAAGCAAACAUGAAAAUAAAGCAAUGUCAAACGUCUUCGUGUGAAUCGGUUGGCAAAUGUCAAUCUUGUCUAGAUGCGAACUGUCAGGGCAGGUGGGAAAAGUAAAACAUAAAUAAACACAACCGUUCGUUUGCCGUUUUUUGCACCUCACUAAAAAAAAUGUUGUGCAAUCGGUUGCACAAAGCUGUAUUUACACGCCUGAGGACACGUUUUCCAAGCACAGUUCGGCACUGCAGACUUAUCCACAACUCUGAUGGAACUAUCAGCGAAAAACGGAUUCGCAAUAUCGGGAUACUGGCACACAUCGAUGCCGGCAAAACGACGACAACUGAACGGAUGUUGUACUAUUCCGGUCGCACUGAUAUGCUGGGCGAGGUAAAGUUAGGCAAUACAGUAACGGACUUUUUGCUACAGGAACGCGAGCGAGGCAUUACGAUAUGUAGCGCAGCAGUGAGCUUUAACUGGAAGGAGCAUCGAAUCAAUCUGCUCGACACGCCUGGCCAUAUAGAUUUUACGAUGGAAGUUGAACAGUCGCUCGGAGCAGUUGACGGUACCAUCGUUAUCCUAGAUGGAUCAGCCGGUGUAGAAGCGCAAACCGUUACCGUGUGGGGUCAAGCCGAUCGUCAUCGAUUGCCGCGCUUAAUUUUUGUUAACAAAAUGGACAAAGAGAGUGCCGAUUACGAUGCCUGUUUGCUGGACGUGAAGCAAAAGCUGUCCACUGUACCUGUGCCACUUCAAAUGCCUAUAAAAGAACGAGGAAAAUUGGUGGGUGUAAUCGAUGUUCUUUCUUCGAGCCAGAUAAUCUGGGAUGGUCAAAAUAAGGGCCGAUCCUACAAAGCUAUUCCAAUCACCGAUGCAGAUCUGCACGAUCAAAUUCAAGAGAAGUUGUACGAGCUAAUAGAUCUACUGUCGGGUAUGGACGAUAGUCUUGCACAAGCUAUCAUUGAAGCGAAUAGUUUCGAAAACAUUAAACUGAACCUUGUCCUAGACGCCAUUCGAAAUUGUACGUUGAAGCAGCAAAUCGUCCCCGUGCUGUUGGGAUCAUCGUACAAAAAUGUUGGAGUGCAACUGCUGAUGGACAGCGUGUUGAAUUUUUUGCCUGCUCCAAGUGAACGAAACCAGAUAUAUGACUGCUUCGGGACUGAUUUUGUCGGAAAGGUGUUUAAGGUAACGCACGAUAAGCAACGUGGUCCAAUCACGAUGAUUCGCGCAUUUCGAGGAUUGGCGAAAAAAGGUUCAAGAUUUAUUACAGCCACGGGAAGUUCGGAGACGAUACAACGCAUCUAUGAACCGCUUGCUGACGAGUACCGGGAAAUUGACUCCUUUGGAGUAGGCAAUAUAGGACUCUGUGCUGGACCUAAAUCGACCGUUACGGGCGACUUGGUGGUAGCAAACGCGGCUGCUUUAAAAAAAGCACUAAAGCGGCUCUCCUUGGUGGGGGAUUCCACCGAAGAGACUGCAGACGACGAGCUGUUACUGGCCUCAAAGCUAGGCUUACAAACAACCAUCCCGGAUGCAGUUUACUUUUGCUCGAUAGAACCCCCAUCGUCAGGACAACAAACGGCAUUAGAUAAUGCGCUGCGUGAAAUUCAACGGGAAGAUCCAAGCCUACGAAUUCGAUACGAUGAAGCGACCGGACAGACUGUGCUGGGAGGCAUGGGGCAACUGCAUUUAGAAAUUGUUAAAUCUCGCAUUUUGACUGAGUAUCGAAUCGAUGCUGACCUGGGACCGCUUCAGAUCGCCUACAAGGAAACGCUCGAGGAGCCCAGCCGUGGACAUUGGGUUGCGGAAAAGGAAAUUGCUGGCAGUAAACAAUCUGUACACAUGGAUAUGACCAUUUAUCCGCAUGCUGUUGAGAGUAAUGUGGAGCGCUUUGUACUGGAUAAUUCUGCCGAAGCGCAAGAAACGCUGAAACUUAUUCGUCCAAGACAAAUGACAUAUUUUCGUAAAGGAGCCCUCGGUGCCCUACAGCGAGGUCCAAAGCUGGGUGGGCAGUUGGCAAAUUGCGCUAUAAAAUUGCAUGCGCUUACGAUCGGAAGAGGCACUGCUGAUCCCUUUAUUAUGGCUGCCGCUGCUCAAUGCAUAAGUAAUAUAUUGAAAAAUGCGCCCUGCCGUCUUCUGGAACCGGACAUGUUUCUGGAGAUUGUAACACCAAGCGAAUAUCUGCCACCGAUCCUAGCUGACUUAAGUCGAAGAAGGGCGCGUAUAGAAGAUGUGGCCCAGCGUGGAGCAGCAAAUAAGGUUGUAAAGGUUAAUGCACCGCUUGCGGAAUUGGGGGAUUAUUCUACAGUACUUCGAACGAUAAGUUCCGGAACGGCGAGCGUUUCGAUGGAACCGAAUGGUCAUUCUCCCAUGAAUGAAUUCGACGAAUCGCAAGCAAUGAGGCGAGCAUUAGGAUUAGAAUAAAGGACGUAACAAAUGUAAA